CCAGAGUUGCUGCCCUAGGCACCCGUGUCGCGGAGUCCGCGACCGGGUGGUGCACCCUGCGGGUCAUGGUCCUGGGGCGCGGGCCGCUGUGCCUUCUGAGACUGUCCGCGUUGGGAGCUGCCUGUGCGCGCCGCAGCCGGGAUUUCAGGAAGAGUCUGACUGUGGAGCAAGGCACAAUGAAGGUUGAGCUACUGCCUGCACUGACUGACAACUACAUGUACCUGGUUAUCGAUGAGGACACCCGGGAGGCAGCCAUUGUGGACCCAGUGCAGCCCCAGAAGGUUAUAGAAACCGUGAAAAAGCAGGGUGUGAAGCUGACCACGGUGCUCACCACCCACCAUCACUGGGACCAUGCUGGUGGGAAUGAGAAGCUGGUGAAGCUGGAGCCUGGGCUGAAGGUGUAUGGUGGUGAUGAUCGCAUUGGGGCUCUGACUCACAAAGUCACACACCUGUCCAUGCUGCAGGUAGGAUCUCUCACUGUCAAAUGCCUGUCAACACCCUGCCAUACUUCCGGACACAUCUGUUACUUUGUGAGCAAGCCUGGUAGUUCCGAGCCCUCUGCUGUAUUCACAGGUGACACACUGUUUGUUGCUGGCUGUGGGAAGUUCUAUGAAGGAACUGCAGAUGAGAUGUAUAAGGCACUGCUGGAAGUCUUGGGCCGGCUCCCUCCAGACACAAAAGUCUACUGUGGCCAUGAAUAUACCAUAAACAACCUCAAAUUUGCACGCCAUGUGGAACCCAACAAUGCUGCCAUCCAGGAGAAGCUGGCCUGGGCCAAGGAGAAGUAUGCCAUUGGGGAGCCCACGGUGCCAUCCACCCUUGUGGAGGAGUUCACCUAUAACCCCUUCAUGAGAGUGAGGGAGAAGACAGUGCAGCAGCAUGCAGGCGAGACAGACCCUGUGACCACCAUGUGGGCCAUCCGCAGGGAGAAGGACCAAUUCAAGGUGCCACGGGACUGAAGUGCCACAUUUCCAGCACAAGGGGAUGGGGAGUUUUAAGUGACUGUCUGCUGCUCAUUCAGGAUCUAAUCUGGUUUAAUUUUAAGUUAAUUUCAGAGCCCUUAGCUUGUGUUAUCAAAUAUUCUAAUGCAUAUUUAUGAGAAAAAAGUUUAAAGUAUUUAUUCCCAUAUCCUCUGCUUAUGGACUCUACAUUAUCUCUGGCUUUACAUGUGUGCAGCCUUAGGACCUUUGGUCACAUGAUACCUAGCCUGCACCCAGCUUCUCAGAGUGGUGCUGGCCCCCGGAUGUGGCAGCUCCAGGCUGGGCAUCCCACCCUGGCUUCCUGGCUUUUCAGGAAGAAAGGAGAUGGCUUUCACCCUCCUAGGCUUUUCUUCCCUCUUCCACUAGUCUCAAGGGUAGCCUGGGGAUGUUGACAUUUUCACAAGGCUGCUUCUAUGUCAAUGUGAAUUGAGAUGAGUCCUUGAGAGGAGAUUGUGUCAUAGCCACAGGUUAACCUGUGUCUAGGCUGGAGAAGCCUGUGACUCUGUUGUAGCACUUGGGUUAAUGUUCAUGAAGCUGGCCAUUUGCCAAGGCUCUGCCCCAGGGUGGACAAUUGCUGACUUGGCCACUGUGGUAGCUCGUGGCUGUGUUCAGUGCUAUAUUGUGUGCUGAGUUCUCAGCAUGCGCUAUCCUGAACACCUCUGCCCCAAGCAGCCUGGAUCCUCUGCCACUGAACAGCACCUUUGUAGCCCAUACUUGUCAACUACCCACUCAUGAUUUCUCAUAUGCUAAGUAAGCUCUA